AACUAAUGCUAGUCUCAGCUGCACUUUGCUUGUUGCAGACAGGAUGUGGGAUCGUAACGUGAUUUACCUCUAAAGCAAGCCUUUGAUGCUUGUUUGAUAGCUUUUACAGGCCUAUUUUGGUAUUGAGAGCAAAUAUGAAAAUAGGUCACAAUAAGAUAUUGCUGUAACUAUCGCGGCAGUAGAUAUAGAAUAAACCUAUUCAUAAGACGCAAAAAGCUGUGCUUUAUUGUAUGUGUAGAUGAUAUUCUCUUUGGUGGUCUCCGUCAAUCCUGUGUCAAAAGUAUAGUGACAUUUUUCAAUGAAAAAUCAUAAAAAUAGAUAAAAUUAUUAAAAAUAUUUUAGUGAUGUAAAACGAAGUGUAGAAAAUCUCAAAAUUAUACCAAUUUGAGUCAACUGGUGCUUCAAAUAUAUAAAGAUGCCUGAAUCUAAAUCAAAAAAGUUACAUGCUAAAUCCUAUACCAGUGUUUAUGAUAUAUUUGCAGGAAUGUCUUAUGAGUUAUCUAAUAUAAAUCCUAAUAUACCAAUGAGAGAGCGCUCAGUGUUUCAUGGAGAUGCACCAAAUCAACUAUUAGAAUGUGAAUAUCCUUUAUCGAAAAGUACAAAUUUUGUUACAAGUGAAAAGUACAAUCGGUUAAACAACAUGAUGAAUAGCAGCUGCAAAACUAUUGUUCCUUCAACGAGUACUAUAUUUUACGAUUUAGACGAUAUUGCUAAAAGGCAUUCAUUUCAUUGUCUCACAGAGAUAAGUAUAUCAACCGCCAAUUUCAUGAAAGUUGUGAAAAUGCCUACGACAACUGCGGCGUUUGGGACUAAAUCUAUUGUUCAAGAAUGUGCAACCCAAAUACACCCGAAACUACUACCAAGAGACAGCAUAGAAAUAAAUGCAAGAAAGGUAAAGAAAAAAUAUUCAAAUGAGGCUCUUUCCUCAGAAAUUUUCUUAAGAGACGAUGAUUACAUACAGGAUUACCAUAAAAGAUAUAAAGAGUAUUAUAAAGACAUGACAGACAGACAGCAAAAGUUUUGGUCUUACGCAAAAUACCGUACAGAAUACACCAAGCCUAUACCAGAAGAAAAGAAAUCCAAGAAAAAAGAUAAAGGUAAGCGGACCGAAGACCCUUGUCCGUGCCAAUUAUUUUCUUACGCUUGUCCUUGCACGGACAAAAAGUCACUAACAGAACUAGCAAGGAAUAGUAAAUCGCUUACUAUGGCUGAUCAAGUAACGAGUACCAUGAAGGUCGUUUUAGUUGAUGAAAAGAAAGACAAAAAAUCAAGUAAAUUAAAAAAAAAUAAAGGUGAUCCUGUCAAAGAAGACAAACCUACUAAUACUAGUGUAGUCGAAAUGAUUGAAGUAAUUGUCCCCAAGAACGAACCGCCAGUUCAAAUUGUUAAUAAACACGAUGUGCCAAUCCUAGUUGAUCAUAAGAAUAAUAAACAGAAAAAAAGUCGUAAGAGGUCUCGAAGAAUAUUGUGCCCGAAUUGCAAAGAAAAAGUUGAUGUCGUAAUAAGUAUUAGUACUACUGAAGAUGAAGACCUUUUAAAAUGUGAGAAUUCAUCAAUAUACCGCAGUAAAGAAAUACCAUCAUCUGCUGCGUACGCAUACAGAGCAACACCGAAUAAUCAUAGAAGUAAACCAAUGGAAGAUGGUGAUUUAUGCCUUCAUGAGCCGCGAUGUGAGAUGUUACCAGUUUGUCAAAUAUUGCCUUCCGAUAACUACUAUAAUGUCAACGUCAGUCAAAAAUGUGUUAAAAAGCAUUCUGUUCCCAAAUCCACCCCACGAAUAAUCAGGAUUACGAAAGCUUGUAGACAUCACCCACCAUGUACUGUUGUACCUUCUUGUCAAAGAGCUAAUGUGCUAAAGAAUAAUUGUGAAUAUAUACCACCUUGCUUGCACCGACCUCGCUGUGUUAAUCUACCGCUGUGUGUCCCUUUCUCUAAAAGUCUUCACUAUGAAGAAGCUUCGAGUAAAUUAGUCGAUGAUAUUGAGAAUUCUGACUGUCCUCAUAUUCCAAGAUGUAAAUAUAUACCCGUAUGUCAACAUGACUCGUUCGCAAAUACAAUGGAGCACCAUCAAAUAAAUAUGGUGUCGCGAGUACAGAAUGGUUGCGAGUUUCUUAACGAUUACAGUCCCCAAGCAUACUUAUUAAAUCCGAAAACAACAUGUUUAGCUAAUACUUUCUCACCUUGCCAACUAUCUUCAACACCAUGUUACACAGAACAACAUGUAUUUAGAUCCAAUAAAUCAUGCCAGUUUGAUUCCUCACAUGCUAAAUGCCCCAGUGAAUCUAAAGAGGAUCCGAGUAAUGAGACUGUCAUAUUUAUUAGGGAUGUCGGCUGCCAGUUUAGAAGUAAAAGUUAUUCACCCAAAAAUUCUGUUCUUCAAAAUAAAAUAUCGAGUAACUCAUUCGAUUUUGUUGAUGUUAAAAUGGGUAACUACUACGCAAAUGUUCACACCUUGAGGUAUGAGGAUAAGUUUACUAGUCCCCUAUCUGGAGAAGAUCAAUCAUUUUCGACGGCGUCAAUAACGUCAUUGGAGCUUGACUCUGAAUGUCCAUCUCAUGGUCGGCGAGCUAAUCGGUGUUUUCCGAAAAACCGGCCAACAACUGGCUUUGUCCCGAAAUCGGCUUAUGUAACUGCUUAUUCUACUCGAACAGAAUGCGAUUCAGCCGUACCUGCGUAUGUCAAUACUAAAUCAGAUAUCCCAGAAAUUCGGGAAAUCCGUGAUUGCCGUAGUGCAUAUCCCGUUAAAUCACGAAGAAGUUUCUUGAAGGGAAGGUAUAGGAAAAUAUUUUCAGUGAAACGAAGACGGAAAUCCAGGAUCAGUACCCAUGUACUUCGUACUUGUUCUAAGAAGACCGUGUGCGAGCAGAAUAAAUGAUUUGUAGACAUGAUGCUUUACGUUUUGUAUAGUUAUUACAGAUUUGUGUGUUUGGUUGAAAAAUAAAAUAUUUCACAGAGUUGCUGGAUUUCUUAA